ACUUCGAUCCGAAGACUUUUUGAGAGCCCAGUAGUCAGUCAUCGAUACGGCUUCAAAUUUCGAAAUUCCUGAAUUAUCCAUGUCAGGAUGGGAUCUAGAAGUCCGGAACACGAGGGACGCAGAAAUUAUGGCGACUCGUCCAACUCAGGUGGGGCCUGUCGUCUGGGCGGCGAGCCUCGGGGUUCGCACACGUCUCGAGACGGAGAUGGCUGUUUGGGAGACGGGGGCGGCGAUGACGGGAGUGACGGCGAUGAUGGGAACAUGAGCCUGGUACCGCCAGAGGCUCCCUUAUCAACCGAGGUUGUAGAUGCACGGAAGAAGAGGAAGAAGCCCAGGAAGAGAAAGAAAAGAACGGCGCCUCUGCCUGCAAAGCAAUCGUCGCCACCAAGAAUCUUGUUGAGCGACCUCUUCCCGUCCGGCGACUAUCCCGAGGGAGAAGUGCAAAGUUACACUAGGGCACGGACAGUAGCUGCCGAAGCACGCUAUGACGCUCGUCGGCGCUCUGAAGACAACGCAUUCCUCCAAAACUAUCGCAAAGCGGCGGAGGUGCACCGCCAAGCUCGACGAUGGGUACAGGAAACCGUCAAGCCCGGCCAGACUCUCUUGGAUAUCGCCGAAGGAAUUGAGGAUAGUGUGAGGGCGCUUCUGGGUCAUGCCGGACUGGAGCCUGGAGAUAGCCUCAAGGCUGGCAUGGGCUUUCCCACCGGUCUCUGCCUCAAUCAUCAAGUGGCACACUACACACCCAACCCAGGCCAGAAAGAUGUCGUGCUGCAGCAACAGGACGUGAUGAAAGUUGAUUUUGGUGUCCAUAUCAACGGCUGGAUUGUCGACAGCGCGUUCACUAUGGCUUUUGACCCCACCUACGACAACCUUCUAGCUGCAGUCAAGGAUGCCACUAACACAGGGGUCAAGGCCGCUGGGAUCGACGUGCGUGUGUGUGAUGUUAGCGCUACCAUUCAAGAAGCGAUGGAGAGCUACGAGGUUGAAAUCCGUGGCAAGACCUUUCCCGUCAAGCCAGUGCGGAAUAUCACUGCGCAUAAUAUCGAGCACUACCGCAUACACGGCGGGAAGUCCAUACCGUUUGUGAAGAACUCAGACCAAACCAAGAUGGAGGAGGGUGAGGUCUUCGCCAUCGAGACAUUCGGCACAACGGGGCGGGGCUACUUGCGCGACGAUGUUGGCAUCUACGGCUACGGGCUGAAUCACGAUUCGCCACUGGCGGUAUCUUUACCCCUAGCGUCUGCCAGGCGCCUGCACAAGAAGAUCAGAGAGAAUUUUGGCACGUUGGUGUUUUGCCGUCGUUAUCUUGACCGACUUGGUUUGGAGAGGUAUCUGGCCGGCAUGAACUGUCUGGUCUCGAACGGGAUCGUGGAGCCUUACGAACCUCUGAUGGACAUUGAGGGAUCGUACUCGGCGCAGUUUGAACAUACUCUUCUCCUGCGUGAGACGCACAAAGAAGUUUUCAGUCGUGGGGAUGACUAUUGAAUGGCACUCAUCGCCCUUGGUACUCCAGAACCUGGGCGACGGCCUUCACAGCUGGGUCAGCUAACCAGCCCGGCAUAUGUUGGUGGAGGGAAUGUGUUUCCUGCCACCUCUAUUUGUGUUCUACCCAUUCAGUUAGAUGUAGUUCUUCCCUCUGUCCCUUGGUGCUGGUUUUUCUAUCCCUUCUGGGUUUUUCCAGCACCGUGACGCGAAUGCGAAGGGACAUCGUACUGUGUUUUGAACUUGAGGGCAUGUUAUAGCUGGUGUCUCAAAUUCACAACCUGAUUAUUGAGAGUGAGCCACGUUCAGAGACGCAGCAGAGCUGACGGUACUGAUGGAGCUGAUGUCGGCCCUGCAAUGAAGCCUGGUGAGCCUCACUAGCCCUAAGUUAGUGGCCCCUAUGUCGGUUAGCCUUUUC